CAUUCGCUUCCUGCAAAAUUCAUGGCGGGCAACAAAACAGUUACACAGUUUUGGGUUCGAGAUUGUUCAAAAACACAUGCUCUUCACUCUCAUACACACAACGCUCUGGUUGUGACUGUGAGUGAGCUCCUUUUUCUCUCUGUGUCACUUUCUGCUUUCAUUUUCGGUGCCCUGAGCGAUCGAUCAAGAUGUUCUACUCUCACCAGCUUCUUGCUCGCAAAGCCCCGCUUGGACAAAUCUGGAUGGCGGCCACUAUGCACGCGAAGAUAAACCGAAAGAAGCUUGACAAGCUCAACAUCAUCAAAAUCUGCGAAGAGAUUUUGAAUCCUUCCGUUCCAAUGGCUCUUAGACUCUCUGGAAUUCUCAUGGGCGGAGUAGUAAUUGUCUAUGAGCGAAAAGUGAAACUCCUUUACGAUGAUGUUUCCCGUCUUAUGGUGGAGAUUAACGAAGCCUGGAAGGUUAAAGCUGCUCCAGACCCCACUUUACUCCCCAAGAGGAGAUCGCAGGCCAGGAAAGAAGCUGUUACAUUGCCUGAUAUUGCGGAUGCUGAUAUUGGAGAUGCUGAGCAGUCGCUUAAUUUCUCCAAUGCAACAACUAUGGGGUUCCAACGCGUUGCCUACUUUACCAUGCAACUUGACAAUAUUGAUGAGCCCUAUAUCAACAAUGAUCUUAGGGAGGAAGAUAUUCCGCAACACUUACAUCAAGCUGAUGCUGAAAAUAUCACUUUAUUCGAACGUUAUGAUUCCUACCAGGCAAACACAGACAUGUACAAUCGCUUUGAAAGAUUUGAUAUCGAAGGAGAUGAGGAGGCACAAAUGAACUUCACUUCGGCAGAGCAUACCCAAAUGCCAACUAGUUUUAUACCCUCGCUACCACAGCAGGAUGAGCCUCAUAGAGCUGACGAUAUCCAGGAUCAGCAACUGUCACACCAAGCUAAUCAACAAUCUGAUGAAUACGAGGCAGGCAGACAGGGUCAUUAUAGGCAAGGGCCAAAAAGAAGAAAAGUCAAAGGACAAGCAGGCCCUGCAAUGGAUUAUGAACAAACCAUCAUUGCUGGUCACAUUUACCAGUCCUGGCUUCAAGAUGCUUCAGAAAUUAUCUCAAGAAGAGGAAGAAAGAGAAAGGCAAGCACUACAUUAAUGUCUACAAGGAAGAUAACUAACCUGAUGGAGCUGCCUAACUUGGUACUUAUUGAUGACUUAUUUACAAAUGGGAGUAGAGAUGUCUAUUAUCCAGCACCUCUUCUGGAGCUCUACAGGAAAAAGAGGAGCUCCCCGUCCCCUACCGCACCUCCAGAAUCCUCUUCGUCAUUGCAAGAUAGAGUGCAUUACCAAGAUUCAAUGGGAUAUGCAUUUGAAGACAUUCACAGUGGAGUUGGCUCGCAAUCUGGGGGUCUUUCCAUAGAAAAGUUGCGAUCAAAUCUUAUCAGCAAUGAUGUACCAACUGAACUGAUGGAGGGGCUAAGAGCCAAUCUUAUGAACAAUGGUGUGACGAUACCUGAAGCAGUGAUGGUCACGCCCAGAAAUUCCGGAGAUGAACUAAGAUCCAUCCCAAGCUCAAGUUCAGGACGUGGUAACGGUAUCCUCUCACAUAAUGCAGAAGUUAACUCAGGACGGUCCAACAAGAAAAAGCCUUAUUCUUCAUCGAGACACAGCAGCAGCCUCGAACCUGUUGAUGAGGACAAUCCAUGGCAGUUUUCUGAUCCAAAUUUCAAGUUAUCAAGACUGUCUGAGAAUGGCCCACCACCUGAUCAUGAACUGUUGGUGGAAACUGGACCUACACAAACCCAGCGUCCAAUCAACACUCAACCCGUUGACAGAAUAACUGAUUCCAUUCGAGAGCAGAUGAAAACAUACUUUGAAACGCCAGGAGCGCCUCAAGUAGAAUCCCUGAACAACCUAGCAGCUGGGAUGGAUAGAACUAAAGCGGCUCUGCUCUUUUAUCAAACUUGCGUUCUUGCAUCACGUGAUUUUCUACGAGUUGAACAGAAGGUGCCUUAUGGGGACAUCCUCAUCUCUAAAGGAGCAAAGAUGUGAGACAGGUCAUUUCAGCCUUCUUGCAUUCCAUUCUUUUUUUUUAAUAGGAGACAGAGAAUGGGUGACUUUCACAGGUACGGCUGGGGGGCCAAAAAAAAAUCUGGGCACGUUUAUAGAUUAUGAGAGUAGUAAAAAUAGGAUGGUAGGUGAUAUGCUCCUUUUCCUUUUUAUGAAAUUUGCUAUACUUAUAUUCUGAAAUAAUGUAAGCCCCGUCUGCAGUAUAAUCAAAAUUUUACUGCCCUUCCUGCAUAACAAG